UCAUAUGAGCACCGGCUUCGAGGUAACAACAAUAUGGAGCAAGCCACUUUAACCGAGUUUUACUCCGCUAAAAAGCGUCCGAUUGAAGGCAUUCACCCGGCAAAACGAAGAAAAGUAGUCCAAACAGAGUCUGUAAGGGUUACUCGUCAAAGCACUCGAAGGAAAGACACGAAAACUGCUCCGAGAAGAACAAAMACAAGAGCGUCUUCGAAGACUGGUGAAGUCUCUCCCUCUGAAAAGCCGCCGACCUUAGCAGAGAAUGUCCAAAGUGCAGCUUUAGACGCUUUCCUUUGUGCAGAAAUGAAACCAAGCCCCAAGGAGCCKGAAAGGRUUGAUGACCAAGUAACAUCGAUAGACGAUGAUCACGAUUCUGUGGGGGUUUCAUUCAAAAAGACCACAUCUCAAAGACGACGAAAGAAUGUUCAGAAAGAGCAGGAAACUGUUAAAGCAGACAAAGACAACGUUGAAACAGUAGGGCAGGAUAAGAUUGGCCAUAAAGUCCGCUCGACAAGAAGAAGCAAAAAAGCUAUAGUUCCUUCUAACGAAAUCAAAUCCAGUGCAACCACUCAAACCGAAUCAGACGUUGAUAAUGAAAGCAUAAGCAAAGAGCAAAAAGUCACAGCAAAUCCAAAGGCCUCAAUCAUGGUAAAAGCUAAAUCUCCAGUAAAAACCGCCUCUCCCUCUGGCCUYAAAAUCAAUCCUUGGAUAUCUGAUCAAGCCAAUAAAGUUCUGCUCUCCAGAGGGCAAGCAGCGCUUCUUCUAAGCCAGCAAAAAAGUGCAGCGUCCAAGAACUUCAUACCUUCAAAAACUAAAUCCCAGAGGCCAAAAGAAGCUGCGAAAAAUGCUUUGACAAAGACAAAAGCCCAAGAAGGCUURGAGAAAGCUAGGGAGUUGAUAAAAAAGAUGAGGUCUUUGGAGUCUGAUGCAUCCAAAUGCAAGCUUGYCACCACAAAUGAUUCUUCAGAGAGAUUGCAUAAACUUGCAAAGAGGCAAUCUAGUGGUGCUGCUUCACCAGAGUCUUCCGCAAGUCCUAAGAAGGCUGCAGCUUAUGAAAGAUUCCAUUCACUGGCUCAACCGCAAGAGGCAACAGUCACCCUACCCCUCCCCUACAAGUACAAGGUUCUUGGUGAAGUAUUCAACUCAUGUGACACCAUCUURAAUCUCAUGGGRCAACGAAAUGAGACCUGCACMUUUGAUAAGCUGAAGGAAUCUGUUCAGCAAAUGUCUCGAAAGAGAUUCGAAAAGAAAAGUCUUGGACARAUGAUCUUYUUGUUGCCAAAUUCCUAUGAUGUUCAACAAGUCCGUAAAAAUACAAAGUCUGCUUCMUAUCAGCUGACAAUCCAGUUUGGUCCUGUUAAAAAUUCUAAAGAUUGCCGUCUAWCUAUUCCUUCCACUGAGUUGCUUUCAAGAAGAAAAGUUUUYCAUGACCGUCUGCUUGCUACCACCAAAAAGCACCACCAGGUAUUCCUAAAGACUUUGGAAGUUCCCCUGAGCAUUGAUGAUGACAAGAUCAUAAGAUGGCAUCCACAGUUCAAACUGGAUGAUGUUCCUGACAUAGAGCAGUCUUCACUACCAGAAGCUCCAGUUAUYAAGACUUUUACUUCAGCACAAGAUGUUCUUGAUAGAGGAUGUGGGCUUGUGUCUUCAAGGGUUGAGAAAGCUCUGAAAAAUGCUGCACUCAAGUCCAAAGAGAAACCCAAACUAGACAUCACUUAUGACAGCCAACCAAAGGGUGAAGACAACCAGACAAAAAACAAAAACCAAAAGCAAAACACUGCUUUGAAAGGUGUUUCUCAAGACCUUCUUAAUAAGAUUAGGCAAAAAGAAGCCAGAAAACUUGAAGAGAAGAUGAUGCGAGAUCCAGUGCUGGACAAAAAGAUGAUUAUGCAAGAAAGACUACCAGACUUGUGCAGAAUCCUGAAAACUUAUUUUACUGCAGAGAAAAAGGCCGCAAUUCCUUUGGAAGAUGCGACCAUCAAGUUGUCAGAGAGUUAUAAAUCCUCUCUGACUCCAGUGCAAGUUGAAGAACAUCUAAGGCUGUUGUCAGAACUAGCACCAGAAUGGCURACUGUGCUACUUGUUCGCAAGUGUCCUUACAUCAAGAUAAACAAGAAGGCYGACAUCAACAAUGUUAUCAGCAAAGUCUCUCAAAGAGAAAUCAAGUAAACAAGAGGAGAAUGUGAUAAUUUGAGAACUAUUUCUACAAGACAACAUAUAGCUUUGACUCAAGACACUAAAUAUGAACAAUGAAAAGCUAUGUCUUCAACAUGGUGGCCUAUCAUUCUUGAUUCUCUGCUCAAUUCUAGCAAUUGUCUAUUUUAUGUCAGACUAACGUUUUUAAUUCAGAUUAGGAUUAUUUUUAUAAUUGCAGACUUUUUAAUGAAAGGAUUAUGUUUUGAUGUUGUAACAUAAGUAGUAUAACUCUCAUUGCAGCAGUUGAUAUACAUGUAACACUGUUCAAUUUUAUGUGGGCAAUGGCUUGCUGACAUUGUUUUGAAGAGAACAUAUUUCUAAAGCUGUUCAGAGCAGAAAUGACUUUUCUCUUUAAAUAAUUAACAAAAUGUUUUGAAGUAAAAUGUCAAAAUGUGUAGC